AUGGAAGAGGGCAAGGCAUUCUGUAACGGUGGUGAAGGAUGGACAUGCACCAUCACCAAGACCGAUGCAUCUCAAGCUGGCAAGCCCUUCUCCAAAUGUGGUGGCAGUUGCACCUGUGUCACUGAUGCAUCUGUGAAUCAGGUCUUAAAUUUGGAACAAACUCUGGAGAGCUCCGCUGGCAAGGAAUUUUGUAAGUGUGGUGAAGGGUGGAAAUGUGUCAUCUCCAAGACCGAGGGACCAGAGGCAGGCAAUAACUUUUUUGAAUGCGGUGAAGGUUGCGUGUGUGUGAUUGAUGAGACAAAUUCAGUGAAGAUAGAAUGCUUGUGA